UGUAAUUCGAGUUGUUAUGAAAUUCCCUACCCGCAAACAUUCUAAAUAGGUGUUUCAAGGAAAACAUAAAAAAUGUACCUGACGACUUAUUGUCAAGAUAGCUGUGGCGUCACAAUGAUAGCGCCGUGCAUAAUAUAUAUUUAUGAAGUAGCCAGCGCAGAGUCGGAUGAUUGAUUACACGAACUACGAUGGCAUGCUGUUUUCCUAAUCCCACUGUCUCCUCCGUGUCUACGGACUCAGACGCUGCCGGGCAGGCAGCCAUUCCCAACAAAGAUCAGGAUGGAGAGACAGAGCAGUUUUUUGACAGCAACGAUGAAGGAAAAGAAGACGAUGAUAUGAAUGCAAGAGAACAAGAGCAACAGGCUAAAGCAAAAGAGAGGUCACAACGCCCCGAGCCCAGCAUUACACGCCUCUAUCACAGCGCAGUCAAUAGGAAACGUGAAAUGGAGAGAAUUGACAGGGAGAACCAGGCUCUCCUGAAGAGGCUGGACACCAUGAAGCCCUCUCGAGGAAUGAGCAGAACCGAGCAGCUGGCUGACUAUGAUCGGCAGGCUCCUUACAGGGGACUACCCGCCCCAGGCCCCUCAAAUUUAUUGGAGAUGCGCUCACCAGAUCAUUUUAAGCUGAUGCUGAAAGCUCACCACUCCCGGGCAAAGCUGUCUGGAUUCCUUCAGUGAUUCCUGUCUUUCUGGCACCAUCGUGUGAGCCUGUUCAUGAGGGACCAAAGCAGGUCCCAAACACGCAUUCCAGAUACAACUCAGAUUAGCAAAUUGUAACUUCUGUCGUCUUGGGGUAUCUCAAUAAAGUUACUUGUUGAAUGAA